AUGAUAUUCAUCAACACACAAUCAGACAAACAAGUUGACAACUUCACAGACUUUUGCAAACAUGCCUGGAAAGACGCAGGUAGCGUAAACGUCGCUUUUGGUCAGGACGCUACUCUGCGAAUCGUUCCUAUUUGUGUGGACAAAUCGUCCCACAAACUCCAAAGCUUUGCAGUCGUUCUGUAUGAUGUAACAGCUGGUGGACACGGAAAUUAUGCUGAUAGUUACAGUACAAACGUCACAGCUGGCUUUGGCCGUGAAAAGCCGAAGAAUGUGACAUGUUUUGUCGACACUUCCUGGGGGAAGACAUACCAACAUGUAUUCACUUCGCCCCUGUCAGACACGCCUGUAGGUAACCUCUGUUCAGAACAAAAGGUGUUUUCAGCAGUCACAAGAAAUCCCGACAUCGAGAAUCAGACGAUUCUUUACACAGCUCGAACUGUACCGAUACAGCCGGGCAGGAGGCCAUCCCUACAUGCAGGUCACGUCACGCUGUUAGCUGUGGUAGGGGUUACUCUGGUAGGAAUGCUUCCAGCAUGUCUAUUGUUGGCCAGGAAGAAGGGCUACUGUUUACGGGACAACCAAGCUGCACAGGUUGCCCAUGUCUCUGUAGGGUCUCCUCUCAGCAUUGCCUCCCUGAAUCACUGGGUAAUAAGUGGGCCCAGCAGCCAUGCUGUAACUGUCAGUAUCAGCCAAGGUACAUCAGGUCCCGAUAGAGCAACUGGUAGUGUUCCUCAGGGAGCUUCAUAUUCAGGUGACGAGCAACAUUACAACGAAAUUCCGGACGAGUACUUCUACAAGUACGAAAACGCUGACACUUCACCACAUGGGACUUCCAAUACCUACUGGGAGAUUCCUGACGACUACUUCAAUUACUACAACCUGCGGCCAGCAUCACUGCAUCACUACUGGGAAAUCGGAGAUGAGUACUACAACUACGAAAACACCACAGGGCGCCCUCUGUCGUUCCCACUGGCACUGCAGGUGCCACUGUCGUCUGGUCAGGACGACGAUGUAGACAAUUUUCCUUUCAAUACUUCAUCCACUGAGGCGGCCCUUCCUACAGGCUACCAGAGAGCAGGCUAA